AUGGCAGAGGAGCCCACCUUCUCUUUGGCUGGCGGCAAGGGGAUGCGCGCGGUCAUCGGUGGAAGCUCAGGCGAUUGGUUCAAGGAGUCUGCAACGGGCGUGUGCAACCUCAACAGCUUCGGGGACGGCUCGUCGGGCUCCGGCCUGCCAGCCCUGGGCAACGAGGUGGCACCCUGCUUCAUCUUUGCCAAAGACUGCAGAGAUGAGGUCAACGAGAUCAUCGAAACCAUCUCCCACGAAGUUGGCCACUCCCUCUCCCUGAACCACCACGGCAUCAGGCCGGCUGGUCCCAACGACCCCGGCAACGGCGAAUACUACGGCGGCCUCGCGAACAAGGCAUGGGCCCCUAUCAUGGGUUUGGCUACCCUAGUGACAGUCUCACAGUGGUGCAAGGGCGAGUACCGAGGCGCCACCCAGCCCACCCAAGACGACAUCGCGCGGAUUGCAGGCUUCAUUCCGCUGGUGGCCGACGACGUCGGCGGCACGACCGCGACCGCCCAGGCCCUGGCCGGCACUUCCGCCGCCGGCGGCGCCUCGUACGCCGGCAUCAUCAGUGGCGCGGCCGACGUCGACGUUUUCAGCUUCAACAGCGGCGUCGGCCCGAUCUCCGUCACCCUCGCGCUCGCGCCCUCGUACGUGAAUAACGACCAAAGCACGACGACCGCUGAGCGCACCAACCUCGACGCGUCGGUCACGCUGUCUAAUGCGGCGGGGUCGGUGCUGCAGACCUGGAAUAACAACAACGGGCUCCUCAGGGGCGUGCUCGCGCCGGCGUUCAGCAUUGCCACCGCUGGCACCUAUUAUCUGACAGUCAGGGGCGUCGGCCAGGGGGCGGACGUCACAACCGGCUACUCCAGCUAUGGCAGCACGGGGCAGUACAAGAUCACGGUGUCCGCGCCGGCCUGCGCCAACUGCACGACCGGCGGCGGCACCGGCGGCACCGGCGGCACCGGCGGCACCGGCGGCACCGGCGGCUCUGGCGGGACCAACACCACCACGCCCACCACACCCACCACGCCCACCACGCCCACACCGGCCACUGUGACGUGCAAGACGCUCAACGACAUCGAGCUGCCCACCACACCCGGCGGCUCCUGCGCGUCCGCCGUCCUGACGACCUCCCAGCUGUUCACCGCCACCGGCACCGCCUUCAAUGUGACGCCGCCCCUGCCGGCCAACCUGGCGUUCCCGCCAGGCGAGUUGGCUGUGUCUGGGGCGCUUGUGCAGGGGGGCCUGCAUCAUGAGCCCACUCUGCAGUUUGCAUAG